GAGAUCAUAAGCGAGAGAGACACAAAGAGAAAAAGAGAGAGAAGGAGAAGUGAAGAGAAAGAGAAAGAGUUCGAAACGGAAAAGGGCAAAUAGAGGACAUCUCUCUCCCCUUAUAUUGUCGUACUUCGAUACGAGCACGCGUGCACGCACGCUCGCGGCAGGCACGCAUGAACGCGCGCGCACCACCGUCGCUGCCACCGCUACAUCGUCGCCACCGCCACCGCCACCGCCGUCGCCGCCGCACGUUACCACUCGGAGGACCUCCCCGUGAAGAAAGCAGAGAGUUGGCACGUACGGCCGACGGAUGAACGGAACGGAAGGAGCAGAGCGCGGCACGCGUAAUCCCUGAGAGAAAGAGAGAGAGAGAGAGAGAGAGAUAUUAGGUGAGAAUCAUUCGGAUCUACAGUGACGUUUCCGAAUCCAUGAUUCUCCUUACCUGACCUGAUCUGACCCGAUCCUCGCCGAGCAGCUCGCAGUCGGCGUAUACCAUCGAGGGGGUUGGCAGGUAUAAAACAUUCUCGGGCCAUUUUGUGUGCUCGUACCGUCCGUUUCUGUCUCCCACCACUAAUCGUCCGAUCGCACGCUCUCGAAGGGUGACACCCACCCUUCGGAGAGCCCUUCGGGGAGGGUGAAAUUUCCCUGGUCGGCUCACACGUCGAGCGGCAGUCGCAUUCAGCAACCAGUCAGAAGCUUAAGCGUCGUAGUGUUUGCCGGAACUAAUCGACACGUUGACAGGACCAGCAAGAUUGGCUCUCUCGGUCCGUCGUGAGGCAGAACGGACAAGAGGAUCUUCAGGUCAGUGCACAGAAGUGUUUGCUGAGAGAAAGACGGUGCAUAUCCUCGCGCGAUAACGCCGAUCAACUUCGAUACGGUUCGCCGAACGUUCGAUUCCGAGGGAGUGACGUGGUGGAUCGCGGCGAUCGUUAUCGCGACACCCCGGAAGGAUCGCGGUGUUAGGGACGAUCUUGUCGAACGAUUAGCAUCGGGAUCGUGAGCGCAGCGAUUCCGUGAGUGCGGUUCGCAGGUUCGACGAAGGUACGAGAAUCGCGCGAGAUGUUCGUUCAGUGAAUACAAUUGGUGCACGGUGCUUGCUGCCGAUUGCGGUGAGAUAAGGACGAUCGGAGGAUUUUCUUUUUUUGCGCGCGUUGGAUACACUCGUGGGGAUCGAGACACGCGAGACACACCCUGGAAGAUGAGGCCCUGGAUGCUGCUAGCUGUGCUCUCGGUGACGGCGUACCUGUCGUUGGCGGAGAUCACCAGGAACAAGAGUCGCGGCAGGGGAUCCAUGUGGUGGGGCAUUGCGAAAGCGGACGAACCCAACAAUUUUUUGCCAGUGUCACCGACUUCCCUGAUGGAUUCCUCAGUCUAUGCGACUCUGAGAAGAAAGCAGAGGAGGCUCGUUAGGGAAAAUCCUGGAGUGCUACAGGCAGUGGCGAGAGGUGCGAAUCAAGCCGUCGCCGAAUGUCAACAUCAGUUUCGCAAUCGGCGAUGGAACUGCUCGACGAAAAAUUUUCUUCGAGGAAAAAAUCUCUUCGGCAAGAUCGUCGAUAAAGGAUGCCGGGAGACCGCUUUCAUCUAUGCUAUCACGAGCGCGGCUGUGACUCACAGUAUCGCGAGAGCAUGUAGCGAGGGCAGCAUUCAGUCGUGUUCCUGUGACUAUACUCACCAAUCACGCACAUCAUCCGCCGUUCGGGAUUGGGAAUGGGGCGGUUGCUCGGACAAUAUCGGAUACGGCUUCAAGUUCUCUCGCGAAUUCGUCGAUACUGGCGAACGUGGCCGCAACCUCCGCGAGAAGAUGAAUCUGCAUAAUAAUGAAGCCGGCAGAACGCACGUGUCUUCGGAAAUGCGUCAGGAAUGUAAGUGUCACGGUAUGUCGGGCUCGUGCACGGUGAAAACUUGCUGGAUGCGGCUGCCAAGUUUCCGCGUGGUCGGCGAUAAUCUAAAGGACCGCUUCGACGGCGCCUCCCGGGUAAUGGUCAGCAAUUCGGAUCGCGUGCGCAGUAACGUGCACGUCAACUCGGCGAGUAACUCCGUGCACCAGCAUCGGGACGGUCUUGCACGCCGGCAGCGUUACAACUUUCAGCUGAAGCCGUACAAUCCGGAGCACAAGCCACCCGGGCCGAAAGAUCUCGUUUACCUGGAACAGUCGCCGGCGUUCUGUGAGAAGAAUCCGGCGCUCGGCAUCCUGGGCACCCACGGACGACAGUGCAACGACACCAGCCUCGGCGUCGACGGCUGCGAUCUGAUGUGCUGCGGCAGGGGCUACAAGACCCAGGAGGUGGUGGUGAUCGAGAGGUGCGCUUGCAUCUUCCACUGGUGCUGCGAGGUCAAGUGCCAGAAGUGCAGGACGACAAAAACGGUACACACAUGUCUGUAAAACGGACUCGGUCAAUUUAAUAUAAAAUAAAUCUUCAUUAUUUUCGAGACAAGUUUCAUGCGCAGGGUUAUAUAAUUGAAGCUCGACGUCUCGCUCUGUUUUCACAAAAGCUUGGAGUCAAAUUACGGUAUGUCGAAGGCAAACGAAACUAUUUCUCUCUCUAGCUCGAUAGAUUCUUCUAAUAGCCUCUCUAGCGGACGACUCUCAAGGUCUGAUUCUGCGAGAGAUCCCGCCGCGGGACUCGUCGGAUGAGUCCGAGGUCGUAAAACCCGCGCGCGAAUCCGCGGGGCCUCAUCAUUUCCACAGUAUUACGCUCGAAACCACAUAUAUUUAUUACGUCGCGUGGCGCGUAUUAAAGACUGACAUGGUGAAAAGCGUUCGCGCGAUCGUAGAUUUUUAAGAUUUUUAGAUGGGAAGAUUGAGGGAUGCGUGGAAGCAGUAUGUAAAUAUCGGUGCAACUACCGAUAUAAAUACCAGUAUAACUGGUCCAUCUUUAUUCUAGGAAGAAGGCUCUGACAUCUUAGAUGUCACGCUGGUAGAAGAAAAUAAUUUAAGGCUACUCUUAUUAUGCAUAUUCAGCACAACUGUCACUUGUAGUGUUCAAAUUCAAUUUAUUAUAUAUUUCUUACUCUCUCACUCUCACUCUCUUAUCAUCGAUACAUCAAUUUACAAAAUAUUUAAUAACUACGAUAAAUAGAUUGCUGUAAAAAGAAGCCUUUAAUUAUUUUAUCCUACUGCAUAUAUGAAGUCCAUAUUUAACGUGAUCGAUUCAACGCGAGCAUCGUGGUCUCGCAAAACAUUAUUUAUUCUAAAGAUAUUUUUUUCUCCGGUUUACAUUAGCUCCUUCGGAGAAAUCAACAACCUCGAAUACAGAGAUGCGUAUUUACGUGUAUUGUACAUAAAUAGAUUAUAGUGAUAUAUUUUGCAGUAAUGCGAGCCGAUCGGCGAUCGUAAUAUAUGUACUUCUCCAUAAGAAAUUUUUGUAAAUAUAAAAUGACUUUCACGCGUGGGAUGAAGAUGAUGCCCGAUUGAUGUCCGAUCUCUUGGGUGUCAAUAAAUUAUUUUUAUAUCUUUUUAAUAUUCUCUCUCUUUCUUUCCUUUCGUUUUCUUUUACUGAAAUCCGGGGUUUCGAGAAUCCCGCAGGCUUAAAGACAUCUAUCACAAAAUGCAGGAUAGAAAAACUAUUACGAAUAAGA